CUGAAAAUUUUGAAAGAGUCUGAGGACGAAUCGCUUUUUGCUUGGACGGCGCAAGAACCUGACGGAAGUGACAAUGUAGGCAUGCCCGCAUCAUCUCCUGCUACAUUUUCGGUUGUGGGAGCGUUGUCCGGAAAUUGUUUGAUCCUAACAAGCGGGAGUUCACCAUGACGAAAAAAGGGCUUCGUAUGGACUUGCUACCUAUGAAGGAAGAAGGCAUACGUAUCGGGAGGCUUGUUGCCCCUCUCAAUUGCUCUCGUGAGAGAAAUUGCAAGCCAUUAGGAGCUCGUCUAAGGAGAACUUACAAAGAUCAAUUUCUCCGAGUGUCCUCCCAGUCCCAUCUCAUAUUAGACAAACAAAAGAGGCGCAUGGAUAGGACCACUGUUUACAUAAAGCAACGUUCCCUUCCGAGGCAAACCUUCACAAAACCGUAUAUAUUCGAAUUUACGGCUGGUAAUCUAAUAGAUAAUGGAUUCGGAUUUCCAGGAACCUUCCGUGUGGGUUAUCCAAAACUUCAUCAUGGGACUCUCGACAGCGUGUCAAACUUAAAGUUCAGUCUUCUGUUUUUCAGAAACGGGAAGAUGGGGGAAGAAAAUUUCGGGGCCGUUUUGGAUAUAUCGUCAAUUGGGCAUUCAGUUCGCAUUUUGAUACCGAUCUCGCCCACAACGGUGGAAGCUUGGCAAGGCUCCAAUAGAGUAUCGGCAUCUCUGCACUCAGGAAUGUCAGUUUCCAUAGUCCUGAAGGAACGAGAGCAGAACCAUCAACAUGUAUAAACCAGGCAAACUGACUGAGAAUCUCGCAACAUUGCCAUUGUUCAACCCUCCAUAAAUUUUUAUUUAUAUAUCUCAUGUCCAUCGCAGGAUGACUG